AUGAGGUCCACUGCGUCUCUACCCUCACCAGCGACAGCCCCGCAGCCUCUCACUAGAGGCACACAAGUCGCGUCCCCGUCUGGGAAAUCCUACCUUAUUGAUGAGGCUAUUUACGAACGACCAAAGGGAAACCAGCUCUAUUGCGUGUACCACGCGAGCCACGAGGGGAAGCAGUAUAUUCUCAAAGACAUCCUGCCGGGUGACUUACAAUACAUCUUGGAACUACAGGAGCUCGUGAACGGCUCGGCCCACGUUCGAACGCUCGUCGACAGCAUCCCCGACCGUCACAUGUUUGCAUACCCCUUUCUCGAUCUGAACCUACAGCUGGUAGAAAUGACAACCAUCGCCCCUACCGUCAAGAAGCACAUCCUAAAGGAUGCUCUUACCGGCUUGGCUGAUCUCCAUGACAAGGGCAUUUAUCACACUGAUAUCAAACCACCCAACAUCAUGAUGGACUUGUUCCAGCACAGCGAUGGUGCCAUAGCGUUCGGAAAUGUGCAGAUAAUAGACUUGGAGGAUGCUGUGGUACUGCCGCCCGGCUCCGCGGGCCUCGAAAAGCGCCUCUCUGGGAACCAGUUCUGGAGGAGCCCCGAAGCGUGGGCACGAGGAGUGCAACAUACCCCAGCCGACAUCUUCUCGUUCGGCAUCACGGCUAUAUAUAUUUGGCUUAACCACAUGGUCUUCUUCUCGGAAGAGGCAAACGCGGCCGAGGACGCGUCAACUAUGAUACUUCAACGCCAUAUGUCUCAUUUUUCCUACGACGCCGAUGACCUUGUUGGUUUCAUCGAGUACUAUGGAGGAGAGCAGGAUGCUUUUAUCGACCGUUGUACAGAACUCCUCGCCGUGUUCGACAACGAGGGCAACAAGAGGAAACCCUUUAGCAUGUGGUAUCCGAUGGACCUCGAGUUCAAGGAUCUCGUCGGCCGGAUGACCUGCCUUGAUCCCCGGCGGCGGAUCACAGCCCGGGAGGCACUGCAGCACCCAUGGUUCCGAGCCUGA